CGUGCUUAACGCUUUGUCGUCGUUAUUUUAAGUGAGCGCUGAGGGAGAGAAGAGAGCGAGCUAGGUUCCUCGUGCGGAUUUCUCUGACACAAGGCGCGUGGAGGACUUUGCAAUUAAACCGUACUUGUUUGUAUAUAUUUCUGUCAGAUUUACACAGAAAAGAAAAAAAGAAGAAGAAAAAAAAUAGAAGUGCUUGGAGAGAGGGGGGGAGGAAUAACCAAAACGCAACACGUAUCCGGUGGGAUCCCACUCCUGAGAGAGAGAAGCGGCAGGAGUUGGAGCGAAGGGUGCAAGGAAAGCGAGAGGGAGAAGAAGAAGAAGAAGAAGAGAAGAAGAAGAAGAAGAGGGGAAAGAUUAGACAUUUCGCUCGUAACAACGCGUUUUGAAUUAAUAAAGAGGAAUAAUGAGGAGCGUUUGGAUAAUUUUCACCCUCGGGCUGACCGUCUUCCUCUCCGGGGAAAGGAUAGCAGACGCAGCCAAGACUUCCUCUCAGGCUGAUGACUUGUACCUGGAUGAUACAGGCUCAGGAGGUUACUACCCUGAAGAUGAUGAUGACUUUAGCUCAGGGUCUGGCUCAGGUGGAGGUGAAGAAGUGUUGGAGGAAACAGUGACUGUCAGUAUGGUUUAUAUCGAGCCCAAUGCAGCAGAACCCACCCAGGACUCCACCAAAGAUUUCACCCCCAGGGUGGAGACCGCCACAGUCAAAGAAAAGGCCAGGGACAGCACACCCAGGAAACCAUUCAGAACAGAGGCACCAGUGCCAGUUACAGAGGACAUGCAGAGGAACCAGAUGACUAGUACGACUAGUGCCCCCGGCUCAGCCCAGGAGCCUGUUGAGGUCCGCACUGAAAACCUCUUCCAGAGGACAGAGGUGUUGGCAGCUGUUAUUGCAGGCGGUGUGAUCGGCUUUCUGUUCGCCAUCUUCCUCAUCCUCCUCCUGGUCUACCGCAUGAGGAAGAAGGAUGAGGGCAGCUAUGAUCUGGGAGAGAGGAAACCCUCCGGCGCAGCCUAUCAGAAGGCCCCAACCAAGGAGUUUUAUGCAUAAAACCGUCAUCAGAUCAGCGAAAUCGCGAGUGACUGUCAAAAACACAGUCCACGACCACAGCGAGUCUGUUCACACGCAACAAGAAACAACAACAAAAUGUUUUUCAAGUUGAUUUAAGGAAAAAUAGCAUAAAGGAAAGCUUUUGCAUAGAGUAUUGUAAUUAAGACCUUUUCUUCUUUAAAAAAAAAAAAUGAAAACCAAGCAUUUCUCAUUUUAUGGCAAAUCUCAGUGUAUUUAAACAUUUUGUGUAUUAUUUGAAAUGGCUGGAAAUAAAACAGGAUCUGUAAAGGCGAGGAAACUAAUACUAUCUGUCUUCUGUCAAAGGAGAGGUUUCUAGUCGCUGACUACUUUUAACUAGCAGUAUGUUAUUUGUAAAAAAAAAAAGUUAAAAGUGGAAACAAUUGAAUAUAAUUAUUCUGUAUCAAUCCUUUCAUUUUUUUUCUUUUUCUUUCGUCCUAGCAUGUCUGUUGUUGAUCUCUAAAGGUGUAUUACAUUAAUUUAUCUUUUCUCUGAUGUUAAAAAAAAAUGCCUUUGUAGUUUUGAUGAAGCUCUUUGGUCUUCAUAUUAACGCUGUUAACGGUCAAUGUAAAUGUUCUCCCUUCAGGUUACAAUGUUUAUUAUUUGCUCUCACAUCAGUUUUUUAGCCAAACGUGAGCGUUUCAUUAUGUCUUGUUUAUUUGUUUGUUCUGUUCUCAGUGUAGCCUUUUCUUCUUCUUUUCGACAGCGUUUUAUUUAAAUACCAGGAACAGGUCUUUAAAAGAUAAAAAUAAGCGUGUCAAGGCUUGAAAAAAAAUCACAAAUCUCGCUUCUUUUUAAUUUCUCGCUGAAAUUCUUUUCUAUUUAAAUGCAUCCUCUUUCACAUUGCACAUUCGCAGAAUUUUGCUUCCCACAGCUGUCGUGCGGCUUCGAGUGUUUUGGGGUAAAGUUUCUUCUCAGUGGCUUGUGGUGUUUUUGGCCCACAGCCAACUCCCUUCCCCGAUGUGUCGCUUGAGUUUAGUGACUGCAUCCAAACUCCGCUAGCACCCUAACAUCUCCUCCCCCUCUCUCCGUUUACCCUAAACUCCCUCACUCCCACCUUCUUUUUAAUCAGAUUGGAGCACGGCCAAUUGAGUUGUCAAGCCCCCCCACACCUUCACUCACUCUUUUUUUAGCCACCCGUGUAGCCUGGUGUUAUUGUCCCUGUCCCAAUGUUAAUGCUUUAGGCCCAAAGAUCUGCUCACUGAAGGCCUGCUACUUCUUGGACACAUACACACCAGGCCAGGGCCCAAUCCCCACAUGCAGAGUACAUACCUCUGCUGCAAACAACACACAACCCCCCCCCCCAACGCUAGACACCUAGUUUCUCUCACAGGGAUUGUUAAAUAAGAAUGCACAGAAAAUGUAAGACUCCAGUGUUGUGAAUAGUCUUUGAAAAGACACUCACGUUGAGGGCUACUCAUGUUUUUUUAGUGGUCAGCGCAGGCAUUUCAAAAAGAGCUUCUGUUGAGAGGUUGUUUACCCGGAUAUAAGGCUGCUGCAAAAAAGCCACGUCGCUACAUCAAAUGAGAACAUAGGUUACAGUCACGUGACAACAACAAGUUACUGUUUUUGUUAUUUUAUGUUACGUCUCAUUGAACUUGCUCUGAAGAGACGCACAUGUGUUGUCCAGCAGGUUUGUGAAGUUGCCUUUUUCAGCUGCACAGUUAUGUGAAGUAGAUGCUGUCACAUAGUCUAAACUCUUAACACCACCCACAUGAAGCUCUUCAUCUCUACAUUUCCAUCCCUCUGUUCUUCUUCUCUUCUUUAAAUCUGUCUCUGAUCCUUUUCUUGUCCUCUGCCAUUCUCUUCUCCCCGUCUUUGUUGUCCGCUCUCGUCAUAGCACCUAUGGUACUGAACUAUACUGAAAAACCCAAAGACUCACAGUAUUUCUACUCCCACCAUCCUCUCAGACCCACCCCCUCCACCGUGGCCACAUCAUGUUGUUUCCUCAUUAUUAUUUUUCUUCACUCUUUUAGUUGUUUUUUCUCUCUAUUAGAGACCUGACCUUUGAGUCCAAUUGCUUAUUAGUAUAUGAAAAGAUAUAUAAAUAUAUAUAAAUGUAUAUUCACAAAUGUUUUAAACCUUCAAAGUGCCUACCAUUUGGAAAUGUACUUGCUCAAGGUGAGCAUGUGGCGGGUGUGUACACAAAGGAGGGGUGUAAACGACUUGACUGGCAUUCUGUGAGCAUGGAUGACUGUAAUGGUAACUUUUUUUUAGUCUUACAAAAGCUGACAGUAUUGUACCUAUAAGUUGAAACAACACUACUGAAUAAACAUUGUGGCCUAAUA